AUGCCUUCAAUACCGACUAUCAUUCCAGUUAUUACCACCGAUGGCGCGGCUCCCGUACCUUCCCAGGCUGACGUCUCAGCCUUCGUCGAUACAGUUUUUAACGCCAAGUCCUCCGAAGACUCGAUCGAUGCGGCCUAUGCUCUCUGCGAACUGCUUAUCGGUUCCCUUGGCCACCGCGGUCUCUAUCAAUAUGGCAUCCUUGCUGAAGUGAAGAAAGCCGCUGCGGAUAAAAAGAAUGGGUUCCGCCGUGAGAGCUCACAGAAUCUUCUCGGUGCCAUCUUUGAAAAAAUGCCACCCCGCGCACCUAUCAGCGAAGUUGUGCUUAUGCUCCAGGAUGAUGGGGUGGUUGGCUGCGCAUUAGAUGCGCUCGCUGAUAAAGGAACCAUCGUUCGUGACGCCGCACAGUACGGGCUGAACGCUCUUUUUGACAACCUCAGUUCGGAGGCCCUUGUCGUCGGACUUUUGCCCGUCCUUACAACUUACAUAUCCAAGGCCGCCGGCAAGUGGCAAGGCACUGUGGGCGCAUAUAAACUCUUGCAGAAAAUGGCCGACAAAGCCAAGCUGACCAUUGGAAGCACCAAGGAGCAAGGGGAAGAUCAGGAUAUCUUGCGGGAGGCUAUGGGGGCUAGGCUCGCUACUCUCAUCCCUAUCGUCGAAGGUGGCAUGCAUGACCUCAAAGCCGAAGUCGGGAAACAAGCUAUCAAAACCAUGAAUUCGCUCAUGACUUUGAUCUCAAAUGACGAUGUGGCACCACGUAUUCCACUACUUGUCGACACUAUGCAGAAUCCCUCGGCUGAAACCUUGCAGAAGGCUAUCCAUGCACUAUCCAUGACCACAUUUGUGGCCGUUGUUACAUCACCAGUUCUCGCCCUCCUCACCCCUUUCCUCGAGCGGUCUCUCAAUACUCCUACUACUUCCCAAGAAGUUUUACGCCGAACAGUUGUCAUUACCGAAAACUUGACCAAGCUAGUUCACGAUCCGAUCGAAGCACGGACUUUCCUGCCGAAGCUCCAACCCGGUGUUAAGAAUGUGAUGAACCGAGCAUCACUUCCAGAAGUGCGCGAGCUUGCUACUCGGGCUUUGAACGUCAUGGAUAAGGCCAUGGCGAACGAUAAGACCGAUGUAAUUGAGCGCACUACCGCUGCGGAUGUUGCUAAGAUUCUGGACACGGAAAUCAGCCAAAUCACGGACCUCUCCGGGGAUGAUCUUGAUAGCUACAAACUUCUCUCCCCAUAUGUGUGCGGAAUGGUGGCUGAGGAUAUCAACCACCGCCAAAUCACUAGGGUUGGGUCCAGAAUCAGCCCCUACCUUAAAUCGUUGGGUCAGUUAAUCGAAAGCCACGAAGCUAUUGCCACAGCAGUCCAAAAGCACUACGCCGACGAAGAUGCUCGCAAGUUCGGCGAACCAGAGAAGGAUGAUAGCGAUGAGGUUGAGAUUGUGAACGCUGACUUCUCGCUGGGCUACGGGGGUAUGCUUCUUCUGUCGCACACUAACUUGCGAUUACUCAAAGGUCAUCGCUACGGUCUUUGCGGCCGCAACGGUGCCGGAAAGUCAACUCUUAUGAGAAGUAUCGCGAGUGGUAAGCUUGAAGGGUUUCCACCUCAGGAUGUCUUGCGCACUUGCUAUGUUGAGCAUAAUCAGGGCGAAGACGCCGAUAUAAGCAUCCUUGAAUUCGUUUCCAAGGACCCUACUAUCGCCAAAGAAGGAAAAGAACGUAUCUCUGAAGUUUUAGAGGAGGUCGGUUUCACCCCUGGGCCUGAGGGGAGGCAGUCGCACAAAGUUGGUACCCUCUCAGGAGGCUGGAAGAUGAAGUUGGCUCUUGCUCGCGCUAUGCUUCAAAGAGCAGACGUUCUACUUCUUGACGAACCUACCAAUCAUCUUGAUGUCGCAAACAUAAAGUGGUUGGAGGAGUACCUGAAGUCCCAUACCGACAUUACCAGCUUGAUCGUAUCUCACGACUCAGGUUUCUUAGAUGAGGUUACUACCGAUAUCUACCAUUAUGAGCCCAACAAAAAGCUCGCUCACUACAAAGGAAACUUGGCUGCCUUCGUCAAGAUCAAGCCGGAAGCCAAGAGCUACUAUACACUAUCCGAUAGCAUGGUGCAGUUCAAGUUCCCACCUCCUGGUAUCCUUACCGGCGUGAAGUCGAACACGCGUGCGAUCAUUCGCAUGACAGAUGUGUCCUUUACAUAUCCCAAAGCGCCAAAACCUUCCCUCAGCGAUGUAUCCUGCCAACUUACACUCUCAUCCCGUGUAGCCAUCAUCGGACCAAAUGGUGCCGGAAAGUCGACAAUGAUUAAACUGCUGACAGGCGAGGUCAUCCCUAACUCUGGACGAGUUGAAAAGCACCCAAAUCUUCGAAUUGGUUACAUCAAGCAGCAUGCUCUCGAACACGUGGAAAUGCACUUGGAGAAGACGCCCAAUCAAUAUUUGCAAUGGCGUUAUGCUAACGGUGAUGACCGCGAGGUCCAUAUGAAGCAAACUCGCGUGCUGUCUGAUCGGGAUCGGGAGCAGAUGGAUAAGUUUGUUGAUCUUGGAGAGGGUUAUGGGAAGCGACAAAUUGAAUCCCUCAUGGGUCGUCAGAAGUACAAGAAGACAUUUCAAUACGAAGUCAAAUGGCGCGGUUUCCUGCCAAAACACAACACACAAAUUUCUCGGGAGACAUUGCUCGACCUUGGUUUCGCUAAACUCGUCCAGGAGUUUGACGACCACGAGGCUUCACGUGAAGGUCUGGGCUAUCGUGAGCUGCAACCGUCGGUGAUCAGCAAGCACUUCCAGGACUUGGGAUUGGACCCCGAGAUCGCUAACCACAAUGAGAUCGGCUCGCUAUCUGGUGGGCAGAAGGUCAAGGUCGUUAUCGCUGGUGCCAUGUGGAAUAAUCCUCACUUGUUGGUACUCGACGAGCCUACUAACUUUUUGGACCGGGAUUCACUUGGCGGUCUUGCAGUUGCUAUUCGUGACUUUAAAGGUGGCGUGGUCAUGAUUUCCCACAACGAAGAGUUUGUUGGCGCGUUGGCUUCUGAGCAAUGGCAUGUCAACGACGGAAAGGUUACACACCGUGGGCACUCUGCUAUAGCCCUCGAUCGUUUCGAGGAUAGCCGUCCAGGCAGCAGUGUACCCAGCGGCUUGAACACCCCGAUCCCUGGUAGUAGCGCUGUUAGUAGCGCGGUGAACAGUGCCGUUAAUAGUGGUGUGGAGGAUAAUAGCGAAAUGAAGUUCAAAGCCAAGAAGAAGAAGAAGAUUACCAAAAAGGAAUUGAAAGAACGAGAGGUGCGACGAAGAUUGAGGCACAUUGAGUGGCUUAAUAGUCCGAAGGGCACGCCUCGUCCGGUUGACACUGACGAUGAGGGCGAUGCUUGA